AUGGAUAACCCCAACAAGAGAACCAGAGACGAGUUCGAGGGCCCAGACGCCCAUGUGGGGCCCGGGUACGACGACUACGAUGAUCCAACGAAAAGACAACACAUUGACCCCACGGCAGAGUUAAUCACCAACAUUUGCAAAGACAUCAGACGAAUUGGUGAAAAUAGUAACUUGGCCAACCAGGUCGACGACAUCUCGUAUAUCUCCAACCCUAUAGUGGCCGAAUUUGAGAAGAUCGAUAAGCUCAGAGACGCCGUGUUGUCCACGUUAUAUGCGGUAGUCAUUGAGCAGCCUCAGAAGAUCAGCGCUCUUAGUGUGCUUAUCAUCAUUUGUAACGCUAAGAAUUUCCUUGUGGCCAAAUACGUAAUUGAAUUCUUCCAUGCUAAAGCUCAGGCGCUACUAGACAAGCUCAGAGAGCUGUCGAUGGAGGUGGAAGUGAAGCUGGAGAAACAGGCUGAGGAUGCUGGUGUCUUCAACGAUUUAAAGUCUGUGUUCAAGUUUUUGGGCGCCUUGAGCCCCAUUGUCACCGAUAAUGCUGUGUCUGGGAUUUUAAAACAGCUUUUAAAUACUGCUAUUGAGUUGCAGAACGCUUCGGGCGACAAGAGAAACGGCAUCGCUGAAGAAAUCUUCUACAAUGUGUUGAUUGCAACACCGUAUCUCUUUGCUAACAGUUUCUCCGAUGCUACUGUCCAGGAAGCAAACGAAAUCCUUGAUUUGGCAAGCACUUUCAAAAUCGUGGAACAGGAUGAGGCCAAGACAGUCAGCGUACUUGAACCUUUUGACGCCAAACACAAAAAUUUCGCAGAUGAAUUGCCUUACAAGCCAAGAAAGCUCAUCACUUUGGUUUUGCCAGCUCUUGUGGCCUUACAAAAGCCGGGGAAGGAUUGGGAAGGUUUCAGGGGUGCUCUAUUCCUUGACUACAGUGACCUAGUUGACCCUAUAGUAAAGGAGGCUUUAGAGUCGAACGAAAUCUCCCAUGAGCUCGUCAAGCACGCUUUGCCACAGUUCUCCAUCCCUUCCAUCGAGGAAAUUGCUAACUACAAACCUGAUGGCUUGAUCGACAAUCUUUGGUUUGAACAUCCAAGACUUCUUUUCCAAGUGUACAAUACGAGCACAGACUUUGAAACCGUGCCAUCAAUAGAAUCAUAUUAUGGAUUGUUCUUUAAAGACAUUGCUUUCGACAUCUUGACUAACAUGUCUUUCAACCAGAAGGAAGCGUCGAUUCAAUUGUCAAUAUUAGAUCUUUUCUGUUCAAGAGACUUGUUCAGUCCUCCUGGCUCCUCCGUUGACCAACUCUCGAUGAUAGCCAAAGACAAUGAAUCUGGUGAAAACAAUCCUCCCCUUUCCACGUGGAAGAUUGAGGACGUUGCCGUGGAGAGUAUUCUCACAAUGAUCUUCCAGCUUCCAAACCCUCUUCAUUACGAAAUAUAUUACUACACAGUUUUGAUCUCUUGCUGCCAAGAGAGCCCUGAAUCGAUCGCUCCGGUGUUUGGAAGAGCUAUCAGAUUCUUUUACAAAAAUUUGGAGACUUUGGACUACGAGCUUAAGAUUCGUUAUAUGGACUGGAUGACCACUCAAAUUUCUAACUUCGACUUCAGCUGGAAGUGGGACGAAUGGGUCGCAGACUCUCAGCUCUAUGCUAACCUCAACUAUCAUCCCAAGAAGAACUUCAUCAAAAACUUGAUUGCUAAAGAGAUCCGUCUCUCCAACAAGGCAAGAAUAAAGGACAAUUUUGUUACUAUGCAGCAAGACGAAAAUGGGGAGAACAAACUCAUGGCGCUUGACGAGUUUUACAAAUACCUUGACAUCUCGCUUUACCCUAAUGCUUUGGACUUCGCUAUUAAUUACGACUACGAACUUUAUGGUGGUAAUAACGAGGAGUUGAAGAAGGUGAUUAUCGACGCAAUCAACCAUCGCAAAGAAUCGAUGGCUGACAAGUUGUUAUUGUCGCCGCAGGAGGAGCUCAUGUACGAAUUCUCCAAUCCACAACUCCCUCUUCAUGAAAUUGCUAACAAGCUAUAUGAUUUUAUUAUCGCAAACUGGAGAUCGAACGAGCAAUUCUAUGACAUGAUCAAGGAAACGAUUGAGGCCAUCAAGUCAUCUGUCGUUCACGUCGAUGCCGAUCGUAUAUUGAUCAACCUCCUUUUCCAGACAUAUGCUUAUAUUGGGUCAAGAUCAAUCUACUCUGUGGUCAGUAUUCUCAACAGAGAUAUUGCCAAAUUGAAAUUUAUCAGCGGCCAAACAGUCACCGAAGAAGACUACAAGGCCAGUGGUACAGAUUUCUCGUUCCCCGAUAUGGAAUUAAAUGAUGAACAAUUCCAAGAGAGACAAAAAUGGAUCGUGGACUCCAUUCUAAGAAUUUGGGUUCAUCAACCACAGGUAGCAUUCCUUAUCUUGGAGUACCUCAUAGAGUUCGGUAUCCUCAAUGCUAAUUUCCUUAUCAAAAAGGCAUUGGACUUUGACCAUAAUCUUAUCAUCAGCAAUGUCUCGUGUAUGGAAUCUAUAAAUCGAGUGUUGAGCAACAGCUCUCAGGGUGAUCAAUUCAAGGAAGUGAUUCUCACUUUGUUCGGACGUAUCGUUGAAAAUUUGAAUCUCACAGUGAUGAAACUCGAAGUUACAGAUCCUGCUAAUGAUGAGAUAGAAAUCAUCAAGCAAAUCAGCGAGGAUCAGAAGAGUGAUGAGCAGUUGAUGGCUAAGAUUGACUUGCAAUGGUUGUUUUAUGAGUACAGAGGCUUACUCAAGACUUACUUGAGGAAGUUCAACGUUGAGCACGCGGAGUUCUUGGAUGACGCCAAAAAUUUGUUUAGCGGCAUACAGAACGAACCCACUAAGAACGACGUUUUUAGAUGGCUCGAGGAGUUGCAAUAUUGA